CACUUCACCUUCUUCCCUUCUACUGAGGCUCAAAACGUCUUCCUAUAUAGACGAACACGAAGUUUCACUCGCUCACAACACUAAUGGCCGGCUGCUCCCUUCGCCACCUGCUGCUGGUGGCCCUGCUCCUCGCGGCCGCCGGGGACGCCCGGGCCGAGACUGAUCCGAGCGACCUGCAGGCCAUGAGGGUCCUCGCCGCCGGCCUGGGCGCCGACCGUUCCCCCUCCCUCGCCUGGUCUCUCUCCGCCGACCCCUGCGCCGCCUGGGCCGGCGUUUCCUGCUCCGACGGCCGCGUCACUGCCAUCCAGGCCGGCAAAUGCGGCCUCUCCGGCUCUCUGUCCCCCGCCGUCUGCAACCUCACCGCCCUCGUCCGCCUCGAGCUCCAGCAGAACCGCCUCGCCGGCCCCCUGCCCUCCCUCGCUGGCCUCUCGUCCCUCCAGGUCCUCCUCCUCCACGGCAACCGCUUCUCCUCCCUCCCGGACGGCUUCUUCGCCGGCCUAUCCUCCCUCCAAUCCGCCUUCCUCGACGACAACCCUCUCGCCCCCUGGCCGCUUCCGGACUCCCUCCGUGACGCCGCCGCCCUCGUCAACUUCUCCGCAAACACCGCCGGCGUCUCUGGUCCCCUCCCCGCCUUCCUCGCCACCGCAUUUCCCGCCCUCGACCACCUCGGUCUCGCCUUCAACCGGCUCUCCGGCCCCGUCCCAGCCGCCUUCGCCGCCGCCCCGCUCCGCUCCCUCUGGCUCAACAACCAGCGAGGCCCCGCCCGCCUCUCCGGCGGUAUAGCGUUCGUCGAGAACAUGACCGCACUCGAGGAGCUCUGGCUUCACUCCAACGUCUUCUCCGGCCCGUUGCCGAACUUCUCCCAGCUCACCAGCCUGCGCGACCUCCAGCUCAGGGACAACCGCCUCACCGGCGUCGUCCCCAAGUCCUUGACCCAGCUCCCGUCGCUGACCAAGCUCACCCUCACCAAUAACCUGCUGCAGGGGGCGGUGCCUGUGUUCCCGAGUUCGGUCGAGGAAGUGGAUGUAGACCCCAAAGACGAGAGCUUUUGCCUUCCGAGUCCAGGAGCCUGCGAUCCCCGCGUCAAUGUCCUGCUCGCCGUCGCGAAAGAUCUCGGCUAUCCCGCUCGGUUCGCCGAGAACUGGAAGGGCAAUGACCCGUGCGGAUGGUUGGGGAUCAGCUGCAACGACAACGGCAACAUCACGGUGAUCAACUUCCAGAGGAUGGGCCUCAACGGGACGAUAUCGCCAGAGUUCGGAUCGAUCGCCUCGUUGCAGAAGCUGCUGCUCUCGAACAAUAACCUAACCGGGACCAUUCCGGCCAAGCUCGCAAGCUUGCCAUCUCUGAAGGAAUUGGAUGUGUCGAACAACUCGUUAUGGGGACAAGUUCCGAGCUUUAGCAAGAAUGUGCUGGUGAACACCGCUGGGAACCAGAACAUAGGGAAGAUUGUGGUCGGUGGUGACGCCGGUUCGGCCUCGGCCGGGCAGGGCAGCAACUCGAAUCCAAGCGGGUCGACCGACUCAAGAAGCAGAGGCAGCGGGAAGUCUUCUUCUGCUGUGGCCGGUGCCAUUGCAGGCUCGGUGAUAGCUGCGGUGCUCGGGAUUAUCCUCGUCGGGCUGUUGGUUUUCUGCCAUUACAGGAGAAAGCAGCAAAAUCUCGGCAGAGUUCAGAGUCCGAACACAACCGUGAUCCACCCACGGCACUCGGGAUCCGAUCCGGACAUUAUCAAGAUCACGGUUGCAGGACCGAGCGUCAACGGCGGCGCAGCCGCGAGCGAGACGAUUACCAGCCCGACGACCAGUGGCACGAGCGACGUCCAUGUCCUCGAGGCCGGGAACAUGGUCAUCUCGAUCCAGGUCCUGAGGAACGUGACCGACAACUUCAGCGAGGAAAACGUGCUGGGCCACGGCGGAUUCGGAACGGUGUACAAGGGCGAGCUGCACGACGGCACCAAGAUCGCGGUCAAGAGGAUGGAGGCAGGCGCGAUGGGGACGAAGGGACUGAACGAGUUCAAGUCGGAGAUCGCGGUCCUCACGAAGGUCAGGCAUCGGAAUUUGGUGUCUCUGCUCGGGUACUGCUUGGAUGGGAACGAGAGGCUGCUGGUGUACGAGUACAUGCCGCAGGGGACGCUGAGCCGCCAUCUGUUCGACUGGAAGGAAGGAGGACAGAAGCCAUUGGAGUGGAAGAAGAGACUAAGCGUUGCACUGGAUGUGGCGAGAGGGGUGGAGUACUUACACAGCUUGGCGCAGCAGAGCUUCAUCCACAGGGAUCUGAAGCCGUCCAACAUUCUCCUUGGGGACGACAUGAAGGCCAAGGUCGCCGACUUCGGACUGGUUCGGCUUGCACCGGACGGGAAAGGGUGUUCCGUCGAGACGAGGAUUGCAGGAACUUUUGGAUAUCUAGCACCAGAGUAUGCGGUGACGGGGCGUGUGACCACAAAGGUUGAUGUCUUCAGCUUUGGAGUGAUACUGAUGGAGAUGAUCACCGGGAGGAAGGCGCUCGACGAGAGCCAACCGGAGGAGAGCAUGCACCUGGUGACAUGGUUUCGGAGGAUGCUCCUCGACAAGGAGGCCUUCCGAAAGGCUGCCAUCGACCCCGCGAUCGACAUGGACGAGGAGACCGCGACCAGCGUCGGGACCGUAGCGGAGCUCGCCGGCCACUGCUGUGCCAGGGAGCCUCACCAGAGGCCGGACAUGGGGCACGCGGUCAACGUGCUCUCUUCGCUCUCAGAGCUUUGGAAGCCUUGUGAUCCCGACUCGGAGGAGAGCUACGGGAUCGACCUGGAUAUGACGCUUCCCCAAGCACUGAAGAAAUGGCAGGCAUUCGAGGACCGAAGCCACAUCGACGGAGCCACGAGCUCGUUCCUCGCAAGCUUGGACAACACCUACACCAGCAUACCGACGGGGCCGCCGGGCUUCGCCGACUCCUUCACCUCGGCCGAUGGAAGAUGAGUUCAGUUCGACGGAGGAAUUAGCGUAACCAGCAGUUGCAACUGAGCCUUUCGUUUCUUGUUUGUCUUUGAUUUGUUCUUGAUUUCCUUUUCUUGUUGCUUCCUUUCUUGUUCAUGUAACAUGAUGACCACUGAACCACUUGAACCUUUCUUGUC